AAGGUACAACCUAAUUUCCAAACGAUUUUUUACGCCAGCGCCAUCUCCAUCCCCCCCCAACCUCCACAAGCCAUUUCUUCAGCCGCAGAUAUUUUUUGGGUUUUCAUCUCAAAUUUUCAUCAAGGCGGUGUAGGUACGGACUAUAUAGACAAUACAUUUAUCAUCAGACGGCAUAUAGAAAGUAACUUUAUUGGCUCCGCUUUUUCUCUUGAUUAGUCCUUCUUGUUUUUGCCCGUCAUUCAUUUUCCAAUGGUAAAAACCUUAAAACCCACAAUUAGAAAUUGCAAGUUAUUGUUGUUAUUGUAAUCUUGUCAAGGGGGUUACAAUUGAUUGUCUGGAAGUGAUAAAUUAAGCAUUCAAAUCCCGACUUUUAGUGUUGUUUUUAUCAAUUUUCGUUGCCUUUUGUUAUGGGGUGAAGAUUUGCAAAAUUUGGUUUGAUAUUGUUUUAUAAAGUUGGAUGGAGUGGGACAGCGACUUGGAGUCUGAUCUGAGCAGUGCGGAGGAGGAGGAUGCAGGAGAAGGGUUUGGUUUUUGGUUGAGGAAGAGCGGUCCAGGUGAACUGCCGUUUCCCCUGGACACAGUUCUGCAGCCGGCUCCUUGCGGGUUUGUCGUCACGGAUGCUUUGGAGCCUGGCAAUCCCAUUAUUUAUGUAAAUUCCGUGUUCGAGAUGGCUACUGGAUAUCGCGCAGAGGAAAUUCUUGGUCUUAACUGUCGUUUUCUGCAAUGCAGAGGUCCAUUUGCUAAGCGAAGGCAUCCACUGGUGGAUCCCACAGUAGUAGCUGAAAUAAGAAGAUGCCUUGAGGAAGGAAUUGAGUUUCAAGGCGAAUUGUUAAAUUUUAGAAAAGAUGGAUCCCCAUUGAUGAAUAGAUUGCGAAUGACCCCGAUAUAUGGUGACGAUGAUACAAUAACACAUAUCCUUGGCGUACAGUACUUUGCAGAUGCGAAUCUUGAUCUGGGUCCACUUCCGGGAUCUUUAACAAAGAAAUUUACCCAAACUUCGCAGAAAUUAAGAUUUAAUUCUUCUCCUCAUGGAAUAGCAUCGAAUGUGAACCAUAAUUCUAGUUGUGUUGUUUGUGCAUUAAUGCAGUUAAGUGAUGAAGUCCUUGUUCUGAAGAUUCUUUCACGGUUGACUCCAAGAGAUAUUGCAUCUGUUAGCUCUGUUUGUCGGCAGCUUUAUGACCUUACAAAGAAUGAAGAUCUUUGGCGAAUGGUCUGCCAGAAUGCAUGGGGUAGUGAAACAACUCGAGUAUUAGAGACGGUGCCUGGUGCUAAACGAUUAGGAUGGGGUAGAUUGGCAAGAGAGAUUACCACACUUGAAGCAGCAGCAUGGAGCAAGCUAACUGUUGGAGGUAUCGUUGAACCCUCUCGCUGCAACUUCAGUGCGUGUGCUGUCGGGAAUCGUGUGGUUCUGUUUGGGGGGGAGGGCGUUAACAUGCAACCCAUGAAUGAUACCUUUGUGCUGGAUCUGAACUCCAGCAAUCCAGAGUGGCAACAUGUCAUAGUGGGCUCUCCACCUCCCGGGCGUUGGGGUCAUACACUUUCUUGUGUCAAUGGAUCUCAUCUUGUUUUGUUUGGAGGCUGUGGGAGGCAAGGCUUACUCAAUGAUGUUUUUGUGUUGGAUUUGGAUGCCAAACACCCUACGUGGCGGGAAAUCUCUAGUUUGGCUCCUCCACUUCCUAGAUCUUGGCAUAGCUCCUGCACCCUGGAUGGGACGAAGCUGAUAGUCUCUGGCGGUUGUGCAGAUUCUGGGGUGCUUCUGAGUGACACUUUCCUGCUCGAUCUUUCAAUGGAGAAACCAGUGUGGCGAGAGAUACCGGUAUCGUGGACUCCACCUUCUCGUUUGGGCCACACGCUGUCUGUUUAUGGUGGUAGAAAAAUUUUGAUGUUUGGGGGUCUUGCCAAAAGUGGUCCUCUGCGGUUUCGGUCUAGCGACGUGUUUACUAUGGAUCUGAGUGAGGAUGAACCAUGUUGGAGAUCUGUAACUGGAAGUGGGAUGCCUGGAGCUGGAAAUCCAGGAGGCAUAGCUCCGCCCCCUCGACUUGAUCACGUGGCUGUGAGCCUCCCUGGUGGUAGAAUCCUCAUAUUUGGUGGCUCUGUGGCUGGUCUUCACUCUGCAUCCCAGGUAUAUAUACUUGAUCCUACUGAAGAAAAGCCAAUGUGGAGAAUACUAAAUGUACCAGGACGGCCUCCAAGAUUUGCCUGGGGACAUAGCACGUGCGUUGUUGGAGGCACGAGGGCCAUAGUCCUUGGAGGUCAAACCGGGGAAGAAUGGAUGCUGAGUGAACUUCAUGAACUCUCUUUAGCAAGCUGUCAUCUAAUCUAAAAGGAAAAAAUUGGAAGAUUCUGAAAUUUGGCACAUAAUCAUAUUUUUUUUUUUCAGUUGGAGGCUGAAGAAAGUAACUGAUCCUGAGUAAAUAAUUCGCAGAGAUUGUCCCUCCCAAUCUGGUCUUGCUUAACAUGUACUGUUGUAAUAUGGUUUACGAUCCAGCCAGCAGCUGUUCCUAAAUUCGUUUCCUUGUUAAGGCUCUUGGGAAUACUUGAGCUCAUGGCGUGAUCCCAGUUUAGUUUUGUGAGUUAUGUAUGAAAUUUGUUAUGUUUGCUCCUCCUGAGGCUGUUUGUACUUAGUAGAAAUGUAGGUAAUCAUAUAUAUUGGUUUGUUUCCAUCAUGUACGGUCGCAUUGUUGUCUUCCAUGUUCUAUAAGUCGAGAUUUGGGAAAAUCACAAAAAACAAAAAAUCACAUGUUGGGAUGCCUGUAAGAGUUUAUUAGGUAUAUAAUUUACCCUUGGCUAAAUUGGUCGUCUAAUGUUUCAUCAUC